ACUCAAUAGGACCACGUUCAUAGCAAGUCGCGUGUUGAUAAAACGAGAGAACGCCAUUUUAGAGACGCUAAUGAACUUCAAACGCAAAACAAGUUAUAGCUAGUUAAUAUAAGGCUGAAUUAACAGGCUGCUGUUAAUAAUUUCGUUUGCUAGCUAGCUACUGUACAGUAGCAGCAGUAGUAGUAGUAGUAGUGUUGUUGGGAAGAACAGCAGCAGGCGAAUCCGAGGUCAUAUUUGGCCAAUUUUAUCCUGAAGACGUAGUUGGCUAACGUUAGUUCACUGGCUCGUUUUAUAAGUUUGCUAGCUAACUUAAUUGUUUCUGGUCACAGAAGAAGCAGACGUUGGGACAAAUCCUUGCGGAGACCAUGGCAGACGACUUUGAUGUUGAGGCUAUGCUAGAGGCUCCAUACAAAAAGACUUGCCUAACGAUAUCUCCCCUCCUCUCACCUUUUGAUUCGAGUGAGGACUGUGUGUUGGGGGGAGAGUGUAAGGGCGAGAUGUGACAGAGGUGGCAUCGAACUCUUACAGUCCAAGAAGGAAAAUGGGUGAAGAUCACUGGACUGACAUCAACCACAGGAUCUUUUAGCGGCUGUGGGCCAAGCGUGGUCUCAGUGGGCUUAGGAACAGAUAGUGGUACUGGUACGACAAAGGAGGGGUGGGGGUUGAGAUGACCAAACUGUUCCCAUAACUUCCUGUAUCAUGCCAAAAUAGUAUAUAUUUUUCCCAUAUACUUUGACUUUUGGUUGGAUUGAGUACUGUAUGAUUAUGUAGUUAUAACAGCAGGGGGAGUAAUUGGAAUGGAACUCUACAGGGGCUGUAGAAGGACCCCCCUUACAUACUUGUCCAAACAUAUUAAUGUUAACAGUAUUUUAACCUAAUGGUUAUGUUCUGUAUUUUCUUGUUCCCUCCCUCACCCCUGACGACUUGCAAUGUUUCCUCUACAUCCUCAUGAUGUUCUUCUAUCAACCCUGCUUAGGAUGAAAUAAAGUCCUCUAGUGCUAAUGGAAAUGAAGAGCGCAGUAGUAAGAAGAAAAAGAGGAGCCAUCGUAGGAGUAGUCGCAGCCCGAGCUCUGACAAGUGCUACAGCAAAGAUGGGAAGAAGAGUCCGGAGAAGAAACGCAGCCGCAGUAACGAACGCCGGCGCAGUGGUUCCCGUAGCAGGGAACAUGCUGGACGCUACAGAGGACGCCGGGGCCCCUUGUCAAUCCCCUCCCUGUUUGUGACCGGGCUGAUGUGUUUCAAGUGAAGUACAAAAAGUAGGCCCAAAUGAGGGAAGGAAAUUGGAAACGCUCAAGAAGUUGUAGCCCCUUCAAGAAAGACAAGAGUCCAUUAAGGAAACCAAUUGACAACCUGACCCCAGAGGAGAGGGAUGCCCACACUGUUUUUUGUAUGCAGCUGGCAGCCAGAAUCAAACCACGAGACCUAGAGGACUUCUUCUCAGCCGUGGGGAAAGUGAGAGACGUGAGGAUGAUCUCUGACAGAAACUCCAGGAGGUCAAAGGGCAUUGCCUACAUUGAGUUUCUGGACGUGAAUUCAGUCCCGCUGGCUAUUGGCUUAACUGGUCAGAGACUUCUGGGAGUGCCCAUCAUCGUACAGGCCCCUCAGGCUGAGAAGAACAGAGCUGCAGCAAUGGCCAACAACCUUCAGAAGGGUAAUGCUGGCCCUAUGCGGCUGUAUGUGGGCUCUCUACACUUCAACAUCACAGAGGACAUGCUGCGAGGUGUCUUCGAGCCUUUCGGAAGAAUUGAGAGCAUACAACUGAUGAAUGACAGUGAAACUGGACGAUCCAAAGGAUAUGGUUUCAUCUCAUUUGCAGAUGCAGAGUGCGCUAAGAAGGCCCUGGAGCAGCUGAAUGGCUUUGAGCUGGCCGGGCGGCCCAUGAAAGUUGGUCACGUGACGGAACGCACCGACCCCUCCACCGCCAGCUCCUUCCUGGACAACGACGAGCUGGAGAGGACAGGCAUUGACCUGGGCACCACCGGGCGCCUGCAGCUCAUGGCCCGGCUGGCAGAGGGUACUGGUCUUCAGAUCCCCCCGGCUGCACAGCAGGCUCUACAGAUGAGUGGUUCCAUCCACUCGACUCCAAUCCACUUCGUCAACAUGGCAGCUGGUACAGACAUACAAGCCAGCCUGAACCCACCCCCUGAAGCUCCUGCCACCCUUUCACUGAAUCUUGCUCCAAGCAUGAACCAGGCCAUGACCCUCUCAACGCAGCCACUGGCUACACACUGCCUACAGCUAUCCAACAUGUUCAACCCUCAGUUGGAAAAGGAACCUGGCUGGGAUGUCGAGAUUCAAGAUGACGUCAUUGAGGAGUGCAACAAACACGGUGGAAUUGUCCACAUAUACCUUGACAAGAACUCCCCUCAGGGCAACGUGUACAUGAAAUGCCCGACAAUCCCAACAGCAAUGGCUGUAGUGAAUGCGCUACAUGGGCGGUGGUUUGCUGGUAAAAUGAUAACUGCAGCGUACGUACCUUUUCCGACCUACCAUAACCUUUUUCCUGAUUCGGUAACUGCAGCCCAGUUAUUGAUGCCUGUGCGGCAAUGAUUCUGCCAUGCAUGGGGUAGAUGUCACAAUGCCUGUUGGCUUUGAGAAUGUACAUCAUUUUUGCCAAUAUUUUGGGAUCUUAUUGAACACAGUAGCAAAUUACUGUACCAAUCCACCCUAUCUUCAUCACGCAAUGUUUUCUUGUUCAGUCUGACAACUAUUAGAGGCUAAGCUUGAGUGCUUCUGUAGUCACACAUUUCUGUAGCUGCAUUUGAGCAAAUUACGUUGUUUCAACCUGCAUUGUGAAAAUACUACCUUUUGGGGUUUUGGUGAGGGGAGGGAGGGAGGGGCACAUAGGGUACGGAGUUGUUUUACAGUGGGAAGUCUGCGUAUAUUUCUGUUGAAACCGACCCCAGAAGAACAACCCAUUUUUGGACAGCCCAACCAAAUUAACCUGUGACUCUAAUUGCAGUUUGCUGUAUGUUGUCAUCCCAUUAGGGCAUUUAUAUUGGACAUUUAGUAAUUCAGUUGUGCUUUAGAAAUGUUAAUUUGCCAUGUACGUUUUUAUCAGUUAAUGUGUUAAGUUAAAAAACGAUGCCUACAAAUGUCUUUUUUACAAGCACGAUAUUAAUUGUUUACUACUUUACGUUAACAUUUUGUAAUCAACUUGAUUCGGGUGGGCCAAUGUGAUGCUUUUUGUCAUCUUAAUGACUUUGCCCUCCAUUCCAGAUGACACAAUCCAAAGUCCUAUGUAUUUGUCAUAACCUGGUUUACAACAGCUGGUCUUAUUCUCUAAGUUGGUGUUUACGCAACCCCAUCUCCUGCUUUAUAAUUAUACUGUUUAAAUAUAGAGUAAACCUGCAUCUGUAGAAAUUGUAUUCCUACACAGUUACACCAUGGGUAUGGUACUGAUUUGAUAAAUCAAUACAUUUAGCAGUACAGAACUGGUCAAUAGAUUUAGAAGUUUUGUGCUUCAGAUAGUCUUGACUUUUCUCAACUCACAAUUUAAUCCCUUAGGACAGCACUAACUCCCAUGAAUGCCAAUUAUGAAACCCGCAUCAAAUCAUUCCUAACUUUUGUCAACAGCAUCUUAUGAGAAUUGCUUGACAGUGAUGCAUUCUGGUAAUAACCAUUUUAAGGAGUCGCUUGGGAUUGACUCUGAGGAGAAUGUGAAAUGUCACUGGGUCCCCUAAGCCCCCACGAUAAGAUGUUUAUCUGUAGAACUCUACAGGUCCCAAGUCAGCAGUGAUCUGUUGAGAGCCUGCAGACUUCACCAAUAAACAUGAACUCA